AUGGAACGGGGGGAGACGAAAAAUAAUCCUGAAUCAUCACCAGACACAGGUGACUUUCUGUCAAAAUGCAUAGGUAGCUUAAUAAUUAUGUAGACGAAAAACGUGCUAACUCUGCUAGUCAAACUCAAAUCAGCAAAUUAUUUCCCGCAAUUUCUCAGAAAAUGUGGAGCAUUUAGAGGAUCGUGCUUUGGCGCCCUCAUGUGGCGAUCAAAGGGACAGCACAGGGGAUGCGGCUUGGAAGUCCACGUCCUCAUGCCAUGACAUCAACAUGAUGGAUCAGAAGCUCAGACCCAUUGAACAGCAACUCCAGUACCUGCUGAAUAAGGCGGAUGAGUUUCAGGCACAUCUUUUAUACAGGUAACGUUAGAGUCAGUUAGGAAAGUUGUUAAUGUAGUCUAAGAUAAUGAUAGGUAAAGGUUAGGUGAGUCAAUGAUUAGCGCACCUAAACUAUACAAUUGCAUCUAGUGGUGUUUCAAGUUAUUGUUUAUUAUUUAUCAAAAGGAUUAAAGUAAUACAUAAUGAAUCCCUGUCCUGUGACAUAAACAUGUGUGUGUGUUGUCUGCAGACGUGACAAUCUGCAAAAGGAAAACUUUGCUCGUGUGGUGCCUACUUUCCUGCGGACCUGUCAGCCCUACUUCACUUACCUGGAGUCGACCGCUCGCAGCUCCCUGCCCCAGCGCACGCCUCUGCCCGUGUACAUCCGCUCACGAGUAAGAGCCUUUCGAAACACAAUCCUACUCACCUGAAUCCGGGUAGGACAAAACUGUCCCUCUUUAUUGACAAGUGUUGCUGAAUCGCCUCUCUAUCCUCAAUUCAUGCACCUUGGUUGGAAAGUGAGGUAGCGGCAGUGAUCCCUUCCCUUUGCACUGUUUAUUGAUAUUAAAUGUAUUCUACACUUCACACAAACAUAAAUGUCUCUGUGAAUCAACUCUGGUCAAGAAUAAAGGCUUAUGAGAGGUUUGAGAAAUAAUAGAGAAAAAUCAAGAGAUGCUGUAAACUGAGAGUGGUGUGUAUUGAGUAAUUGUGUGUAUUUGUCUGUCUGUCUGUCUGUCUGUCUGUCUGUCUGUCUGUCUGUCUGUCUGUCUGUCUGUCUGUAUUUAUUUAUUUUAUUUAUUUAUUUAUUUAUGUGUUUGUCCAUCUCUCCAGUUGUUAGACUUCUCCCAGCAGCUGUGUGCGAGGCUGGAGCAGCUGGUCUUGACCUACGCCUCCUUUGACUUUCUCUCUCUGGAGGAGGCUGAGCCGGCCAGGUGCUGUACUUACCAGAAGAGGCUGGUGGGAGGAGCUAUAGGACGGCCUCAUUGUAAUGUCUGGAGUAGAGUAAAUGGAAUGGAGUCAAACAUGUGGUUUUCAUAUGUUUGAUGUGUGUGAUACCAUUUAAUUUAUUCCAUUCCAGCCAUUACAAUGAGCCCGUCCUCAUAGCUCCUCCCACCAGCCUCCUCUGGUACUUACACCAUAACAUCUGAAGGCAGUGAGCCACUAAACACACACAUAGGCACAUACAGACGCAUAGCGCCGCUGUCGGGUGAAAACCUCAUCUCCAAAACAGACACUUUUCAGGAAAUUGAAAAAAACUCCCAUAUUAGACUAUUUUUAACGAACAUACAAUUUCGAGAUUUCAGAAGCUAUUUUGAAUACAUUUUCUUGGUCCUAGAGUUAUGAAAUGUUCAGAGUACACUGAGGAAAGUUAGUGCUUUCAACACAAAAUUUUAGUUACAAGGUUUUCAUCAGACAGCGACGAUAUGUACCAACACUACUUGAAUACCUGUAUUUAGAUCCACAAAUGGAACAUUCUGGAGUAUGAGCCAAAUAUUUUAGAGGACAGCUGCUUGGACUUGUCAAUCCUUAUUCUCAUUCGUCUGACAUUCAUUCCACAAUCCUUCAUCCAGCCAUUUAUGUAUCUAUCAUUCUCCCCUCUCUCCAUUCCAGUAUCUCCCAUUUCUACAUAGGCAAGUGUCAGAUAGACAGUGUGAGGCUGUCCAUAUACCGGUACUGUUGUCCAGCCCCGUACCUGGCUGGGGUCGACACUGGCCUGUACAAACGCAUGCGCUGGAAUGUGGAGAGACCCAGAGAGAGCCUACAGCAGGAAACUGAUGGCGAGAUGGAGGGAGAGACAGUGGAGGACAAGCCAGUGGCAGGGAAAGAGAGAGCCACCAAGACAGAGUAGUGAGUGAGAGCGAGAGAGAGGGGGAGGUAGAGAAAGGGUUAAAGUAAGGCAUAACAUGUCAAUAAACAAUAAUUGUAGUACAAUAUUAGUGCCAAGAAUACUUUGGGACUCUUUUGAACUGAGAUGUUGGAUGACAAUGUACAUUUUGGAAUUCAGGCCUAAGAACAGUUGAUCAGAUGGCAUCUCACUGCCUGUGUCUGUGUCUGUAUUUGUGUGUGACUGUGUGUGUUUCUCGAGCAGCUACUUCCUGUGCUACGAGGACGUCCCAGAGGAGCCCACUGAUGGGGGCGAUGGAGAGGGUAAAGGGGAGACGGUUGCUAUAGGCAACGUGGUCAGGAUGUGGUCAAUCGGUCAGUGGGUCCAAACACAGCCGGAACCUGUGACAGACGACAUCUACGAA